CUGGGGUUCAGUUGCUGUUCAGGACAGGAACGCAGACAGGCUGCUUGCCUUCAGCCACACGUUGUUACUCUUUUUAUUUGCCAAACGAUUACAUUCUGCAGCUGCUGAGUACAAGGCCAUUUGUGUUCCAUUGGUAAGUUAACAGUUGUUUGUUGAACAGCCAAAAUCCCAUUUAGGAGAAGAUGAGACAGCACCCGUUUCUAAUAUGUACACCUUUUAUUUGAAACUCUCAUUUCUGUAACUCCUAGUGGACAAAAAUCCCAGCGGUCUGUCCGCAUUGUGGCGUUUCCGUCGGAUCAGACGAGUUUCGGUGUAUCUGUUAGACACCGCUCCCUCGGGACGAUGCCAGCCCGGAGCCCGCCAGCCCUGCCCGAUGCGGGCCGCGCCGCCUCCAGGCCCCGCUCCCAGAGCCGCGCCUCCGGGAGAUGGCGGUGCGCUCCCCGCUGCCGAGCAGCACCGCCCCGCGGGGCCUUUGUCUCGCCGCCGCCGCCGCCGCUUAGGGGCCUGGGCUCGGUGCGGGACAAGCGGAACUGGCGGGAUGCCGGCCCCUUAAGUGAUCCGAUCUCCCCAUCGCCUUGCACACCGUCGACGGCCGGCCAGCCGGCGACCCCCACCAUAGCUUUCCCGCCGCCGAGGCUCGGGUCUUUCUCGGCGCCGCCCCGCCCGCGCCCCGCCUCCUUGUAGCCCCCCCCGGCGGCCGGCGGGAGCCGCUGAGUGACGGGCGGAGCGCGGCCGGGGCAGAGGCCGUCGUGUUUCGCCGCCGGCGGCGGGAGGCGCGGAGCGGGCGGGCCGGGCCAUGCGCCGCCGCGGCACCGUCUGGGCGCAGGCAGCCGCCGUGUGCGACCAAUAUGGCUGCGCGCUGCCGCGAAUGAAAGGAGGCGCCUGGAGCUGAGGCCGUCUCCCCCCACCCCUCCUCGCCCCGCGGCCUGCAGUGAGCGCAGGAGAGAAGUUGGCUGAGCCGCCCCGCGGGGUGGGGGGCGCCGGCUGCCGGCGGAGGAGGCGGCGGUAGAGAGGAGGAGGAGGAGGAGGGGGAGGAGAAGUUGUUUGGCCGCCGGGAAGGCGGAAAGGAGAGCGCGGCGCCGGCCGAGGAGGACGAGGAGCAGCCCCGCAGCCGGCUUUCCCCCCCCCGAGCGCCCGAGGGGAGAGCGGCGGUCGGCAGCCCGCGGCGGGAGGAGGAGGCGCAGGGCGGCCCGGCCCCGGCUCGGAGUCGUGCGGCGGCCGGCGGCGGCGCCUCCCCCUCGACCCGCGCGUCCCCGGGGGCGGCGGCCGACCGGUGGGGCAGGGGGCCGAAGUUUGGCCGUCGGCGACCAUGGAGCCGAAGCACAAGGAGCUGCUCGCGCAGUGCCGGCAGAGCCUGGCGCAGGCCAUGACUGAGGUGGACAAGGUGGUGGAGCUGCUGGAGGCCGCCGGCGCUCUCGGUCCCCGCGACCUGCGCGACCUGGAGGCGGCGGGCGGCGGCAAGGCCGAAUUGCUGAUCGCCCUGCUGCUGGCCAAGGAGCGGGACCACUUCCAGGACCUGCGGGUGGCCCUGGAGAAGACGCAGCCCCACCUGCUCUCCAUCCUCUACCUGAACGGCGUGGCGGGGGCGCCGGCGGCGGCGGAGGAGACGGCCGGAUCUACUUACAGUGUGCUGUCCAUAAUGCCUUCUGAUUCUGAAAGCAGCAGUUCUCUGAGUAGCAUUGGUACAACUGGCAAAGCAUCAUCUCCACCACCUGUAUCAGAUACAAGACAGAUGAGUGAGAAGCUGGAGACAAUAUUAUUUCAGCUCCGACAGGUAACUCGGGAGAGGGAUGAGCUGCGCAAGCGACUUGCACUUUCAUCUCCUGGAUCAACUUUUGAUGACUGCAGGCCUAGUCCAAAACCUAAUCAUGACUAUGAAAGACUGAAGAUUCAGUGCAUGAAGGCCAUGUCAGACCUACAGUCCCUGCAGAAUCAACAUACUAAGACAUUAAAAAGAUGUGAAGAAGCAGCAAAAGAGGCUGAUUUUUAUCACACAUUGCACAGUCGACUGCUGAGUGACCAAUCACAGCUGAAGGAGGACAUGGAUACCUUGAAGAGGAAAAACACACAGUUGGUGAGAGAACAUAACCAUCUCCAGCAGUCGUGUGAGGAAAUGAAAAGGCUUCACGAUGAGGAUCAGAAAGAGAUAACAGACCUACGCAGCCAGCAGCAGCAGGUUAUGAAGCAAAAUGGGUCAUCAGAGAUAUUAAAUAAGCUCUAUGAUACAGCAAUGGACAAGCUAGAGGGUGUGAAGAAGGAUUAUGAUGCCUUAAGAAAGCGUUACAAUGAGAAGAUAGCAAGUCACAAUACAGAUCUCAGUCGCCUAGAGCAGGCUGAGGAGGAGAACAGACGUCUUCAGAAACAGAUUGACAUGCUAAUGAAGCAAAGGGACACAGCAAUACAUUUUCAACAGCAAUAUUCGUCCUCUCUCAGAAGAUUUGAGUCAGUACAGCAGGAACUAAGCAACGCCACAGCCCAAAACAAAGAGUUGCAGAGAGAGAUGGAGCGAUUACAGUCAGAGGUGACAAGGUUCAAAACAAUGCAGCUGAAAGCAGCAAAGGAUUCAGAAAAAUACAAGGAAGAAAGGGAUUCAGUUUUCAAUGAAUAUCGCCUCAUAAUGAGUGAGAGAGAUCAAGUAAUCAAAGAGGUAGAUAAGCUUCAAACAGAGCUGGAGCUUGCAGAGUCCAAACUGAAGAACACUUCUUCUGAGAAACGAGUGGCUAGUGAAGAGAUGGAAGCUUUAAGACAGGAGCUGAACUCAGCUUUAGUGGAAAGAGAUCGAGCAAUUUGUGAGAGGAAUGAGUUGCUGGAAAAAUACUGUCAUGAAGUGAAGGACAAAGCUGAGGCCCAGAAGGAGCUUGAUCAAGCUUGCAAGGAUAUAGAGACAGUGAAGGAAGAAAGAGAUGUUGCCAGGAAAGAGAGAACAGAAGCCAUAAUCCAAAGGGACCAUCUAUUAAGGGAAUACUAUCAAGCCCGUCAGAUACAAGAUUCUGCUACCUUAGACAUAGAAAGAGCAAACAAAGAAAUUGAAAUGCUUCGGAAACAAUAUGAGGCUAUGUCACAAGAACUAAAGGAAGCUGUCCAGGAAGCAGAAGUAGCCAAGUGCAGGAGAGACUGGGCUUUCCAAGAGCGAGAUAAGAUUGUUGCAGAAAGGGAAAGUAUACGGACUCUGUGUGACAACUUACGGAGGGAGAGAGACCGAGCUGUGAGUGACUUGGCUGAAGCUCUUCGCAAUCUGGAUGACAUGAGGAAGCAGAAAAAUGAUGCUGUGCGUGAACUGAAGGAACUGAAAGAGAAGAUGGAGAAUCAGUUGGAAAAGGAGGCCAGAUUCCGUCAACUGAUGGCCCAUAGUUCCCACGACUCAGCCAUAGACACAGAUUCUCUGGAAUGGGAAACAGAAGUAGUGGAAUUUGAAAAAGACAGAGACGAUAUGGACUUGAAAGCACUUGGUUUUGAUGUGGCAGAAGGUGUGAAUGAACCAUACCUCCCUGGAGACUGUGGGAUCUUUGUUACCAAAGUAGACAAAGGAAGUGUUGUGGAUGGUCGAUUAAGAGUAAAUGAUUGGUUGCUGAAGAUAAAUGAUGUCGAUCUUACUAAUAAGGAUAAAAAGCAAGUUAUAAAAGCUGUCUUAAAUGGAGGAGGUGUUAUUAACAUGGUGGUUCGAAGAAGGAAGUCCUUGGGUGGACGAGUGAUAACACCACUUCACAUCAAUGUUUCUGGGCAUAAAGAUAGUGGAGUAAGUCUAGAAAAUGGAAUAUUUGUUGCUGCUGUUGUGCCUGGAAGCCCAGCUGCCAAAGAGGGUUCCCUUACUGUGGGAGACAGAAUAAUUGCUAUCAAUGGCAUUGCACUAGAUAAUAAGUCACUUAAUGAAUGUGAAGCUUUGUUACGAAACUGCAGGGAUUCCCUUACUCUGUCAUUGUUGAAGGUUUUUCCUCAGAGUUCGUCUUGGAGUGGUCAAAAUAUAUUUGAAAAUCUGAAGGAUUCAGAAAAAAUAUCAAAUUGUAGGGUUCACGCAUCAGAGAUACAAGCCCAAAACAAAAGAAAUCUGAAACUCAACAGCUCAACACAGACUGACAUUUUCAAUCCAGACAUCAUGGAUGUCAAGAAAGACCAGAAUGAUCAGGGCAGUCGUUCAUUUUGUGAUCACAAACCCUUCCCUAACAACACGUUACGAGUAGACUCUCAUAGGAACACAGUGCACAGUUGCCACAGUAAUUCAGAACAUAGUCUCAGCUCCUUCAACCCAGAGACAUAUGGGGACCGAGGCUAUGGAGUUGUUGACUUGGACAACAGGAGGCUGCCUUAUGAACCUACAGAUAAUGACUGUAUGGUGGUUGAGACUGCAUUUGACAAAGGACACGGUACUAAGCAUAGUGGUGGUACCUGGCCGAAAGUCAUGGUUAAUAUCUCAGCAACAGAAACAGAAAAGUUUUCUGUGUACAAAAAGCCAAAACAAAGGAAAUCUAUCUUUGAUCCUGAUACUUUCAAAAGGCCGCCAACUCCUCCUAAGCCAGAGUACCUUUCUCCAAAUCAGGUGACAGGCCAUUCACCUCAGCCAUCAAAAGCUGAAGUGGCUUCAACUCCUCCAACUCCUCCUAAGAGAAGUGACUCCAUCAAAUUUAAACAUAAACAGCAGGCAAGCUCUGCUUCAGAGUCUACAGUAACAACUGGAUCACCACCUACCAGCCCAGCCACUGCCCAAGCUCCAGUUUCCUUGGCACUUAAACAAGACUCUGCUACUCUCAAGGGGCGCAACAGGAAUGCUGGAAAUUAUUAUCGUGAGGAGGGAAUUGACUGUACUCAUCUCUCCUCAAGGAAAUCCUGUGAAGAUGACAUCGGCUUUCAAAGAGUUGAAGAGCCAGAGAUAAAAAGGCCAAGGCCAAAAUCUGCUCCUGCCCUGAGACAUAAAAUGGCCCCUAUGCCCAUUCCUAAUCCUGCGCUUCAGGUGCAAAAAUAUACACCGGCUAGUGAGGAACACCUGUCUCCAGAGGUACAGGAAUGGGCACUGUAUUCACCAAAACGUUCUGCUAGGCAUAGUGAUGGCUUUGUGUCUUCCACUUUGUACACUGGAGGCAUGUCAUCAGGUACUGUACCAAGAAGCUUAGCACCGUGCCCUGCAGUAACUGCGGUCAUGCGAAAUCCCAUCUAUACUGCAUGGAGCCACAGAGUACACACCAACAAUUGCCCAUCCGUUGCCAGCCAAAUAUGCCAUCAGCAUCUGCAUCCCAGUGCCCAGCAUCAAGGUCGCUUGAGCUUGGACCUGAGUCAUAAGCACUCCAAUGAAUACUCUGAAAAUCCACGUACAAGAGCAUCUCAUGGCUCAAAUUCACUGCCAUCCAGUGCAAGACUUGGUUCUUCGAGUAACUUGCAGUACAGAACAGAAAGGAUUAAGAUCCCUUUAACGCCAAGAUAUCCAAGGUCCGUCAUGGGCUCUGACAGAGGCUCUUUGUCACACUCUGAAUGUAGCAGUCCCAGCUUGAUAACUCCUCCCCAGUCACCUCUUAACUUGGAAACAUCUUCCUUUGCCAGCAGCCAAUCUCAGAACUCCCUUUCUACUUUACCUAGAAUUUCCAUUAGCCCAGUAUCUGCUGGAGAACGUAGGAAAGAUAGAUAUCUGUUCCGUAAUAGGUCUUUUCUGAGAAUCCCUGUGGCUCCUAGGCCUAGGUUCUCAUCACUAAGGAGUUUGAGGCCCUACAUGGAAGAGCCACGUCAUGUUAAAGUGCAGAAGGGUUCUGAGCCACUAGGAAUUUCCAUUGUGAGUGGAGAAAAUGGUGGAAUAUUUGUCUCUAAAGUAACAGGUGGGAGCAUUGCACAUCAAGCUGGACUUGAGUACGGUGAUCAGUUACUAGAGUUUAAUGGAAUAAAUUUGAGAAAUGCUACAGAGCAACAGGCUCGAUUAAUCAUUGGACAACAGUGCGACACAAUUACUAUUCUGGCUCAGUAUAACCCACACAUGUAUCAGCUUGGCAAUCAUUCACGAUCAAGUUCUCGCCUAGAACCUGUGAGUAAUCAUUCCACCCCUCAAGGCAGUGGAGCUGCAACUCCCGACAAUCAUUCCAUAAUCGAUACUGUGAGUGAACAGGAUGAAGGAACAAUGACACCCCCAUCCAAACAAACCACGCCGACCACAAGUCCCCGAAAUUCCUUUAGGGGCCCUGUGGACACAAACAAAAGGACCCCUGAACCAAGAACUGUUGUUGUUAAAAAAUCCCAAGUGGAUCUUGGGAUCCAGAUAUGUGGUGGAAAUCUGUAUGGAAUAUUUGUAUCAGAUGUAGAUGAUGAUAGCCCAGCUAAAGGACCUGAUGGACUAGUUUUGGGUGAUAUGAUACUUGAGUAUGGAUCCAUUGAUAUGCGAACUAAAACAGCUGAGGAAGCUUACCUCGAAAUGUUGAAACCUGGAGAAAAUAUCAAAAUAAAGACUCAAUACAGAAUUGAGGAAUUUAAUAGGAUAAAAGAGCUUCCUGGAGAUGGAUUCUUUAUCAGAGCACUUUAUGACCGUGUGGCAGAGGUGGAACAGGACUUAAGCUUUAAGAAGGAUGACAUUUUGUAUGUUGAUGAUACUUUACCACAAGGAAACUUUGGUUGCUGGAUGGCUUGGCAGCUAGAUGAGAAUGCUCAGAAACUGGAAAGAGGACAGAUUCCUAGUAAAUAUAUGAUGGAUCAGGAAUUCUAUAGGAGACACAGCAUGUCUGAGACUAAGGAUGAGAACAGCUCUUCCAAGACAUUGUCAGCAGCAGCACGAAGGUCAUUUUUUAGGAGAAAGCAUAAACACAAACGGAGUGGUUCCAAAGAUGGAAAGGAUUUGCUUGCUCUCGAUACAAUCAGCACAGACUCAAUCCCAUUCUUGGAUGAUUCUGCAAGUCUGGCGUAUCAGCGUGUACAGAAAGUGGACUGUACCUCUCCUAGACCCGUGCUUAUUCUAGGACCAUUACUUGAUGCUGUGAAAGACAUGUUGGUCAAAGAAUCCCCAGGAAAAUUUUGCAGAUGUCCUCUUGAGGUUAUGAAGGCUUCCCAACAAGCCAUUGAGAGAGGUGUGAAGGAUUGCCUAUUUAUAGAUUAUAAACGGAGGAGUGGACAUUUUGAUGUAACAACUGUUGCUUCAAUAAAGGAGAUAACAGAAAAGGAUUGUCAUUGUCUGCUUGACAUCGCUCCUCAUGCCAUCGAACGGCUCCACAGUGUUCAUAUCUACCCCAUAGUAAUUUUUAUUCGCUACAAAAAUGCUAAACAAAUCAAAGAGCAAAAAGACCCAAUCUUCCUGAGGGACAAAGUUACACAAAAACAUUCCAAAGAACAGUUUGAGACAGCUCAAAAAAUAGAACAAGAGUAUAGCAAGUACUUUACAGGCAUUGUCCAGGGAGGAGCCCUUUCAAGCAUUUGCACUCAGAUUAUGACAACUGUCGAUCAAGAACAAAACAAAGUCCUGUGGAUCCCAGCUGGCCCACUGUAGAUUUAUUUUUGCUGUGAAACUGCUUUGCAGGUGUAAAUAACCAACUAACUUUCUAUUCAAUGGACUCUGCCCGUUUCUGUCUUUAUAAAGAUGUAAGUAAGUGAUUCCUGUUUCAUGAAGGGGAACGAUAACACUGAACACAAGAAGAACCAACAAGGCAUUUGGGAAGGGUAGAUCACUUCACCGAGCUUGUCUCUUCUGCUAUACAUGUGACAGGUUGGCAUGUGGGUUACAGCCUGUGUGGACUUGUCCGUAAAUAAUCAAUUUAGCAAUGCUGCAAAACCCUGUAGAACAACAAGUUUACAAAAACCUUUUCAAAAGUAUUUGGUUGUUGCUGUUUACUUGAAUGUCUUUUUUGUUGUUUUUGUUUUAUUUUAUAACUCUGUGUCCUUUCACAAAAUGAGGUAACUCUUCAAAACAGAGUGAAAUUCUGAGUAUGAGUGAAUGGUUUAUGCACAUGACUCUUACCUGCAGUUUUUACCAUUUCUAAGCACAUUGACUUGACAACCAGAUAAUACAGGAUUUUAUUGGUACGUCUUGGGAGUAAGUUCAGAAGGAAGUACACUCUUUUACAGGGCAGACCACUGUUUGUAUUAUGUCAACACUUGUCUGUCAAAGACAUUGUUUCUUGUCUUAUGCAUGAAUCUGAUAUUUAAAUGUCAUAAUAUAACUGAACAAUCCAAACUUAUUGUGUGUUGAGAAAUAACAAUUUUUGGUUGUUGGGCCUGGAUAAAUACAGGUGGGCAAGAGUCGUAAGCUAGGCCUAGCAUGCUGUGUUCUGUCACUUUCAGAUACUGUAAAUAUGGAAAGCUUACGUUGGUGCAAUUUUGCAGGGUAAUUCUGAAGCUUUGUAUUUCAGUGUGUAGCAUUCACAUAGUUUUUUAUUUAAGAGCAGCCACAGGUUUAGGGCUUUGAUUAAAAGCCUGUAGAAAGGUACUGAAUUGUUAAUGUUUUCACUGUAAAAAGUAAGUGAUUGUUUAGUUUUGAUUGCAAUACUUACUUAUUGUACCAAACUCCAUUGUAUCAGUUUCCUUUUUGUUUUUUGUUUUUUGUUUUUUGUUUUUUGUUUUUUUUUUUUUUUUGCACUUCUGACUCUGUGUUCCUAACACAGAUUUUUUACCUGUCUCUUCUGUCUCUUGUGCCAUGUUUUUUGGGUACUGUAUUUUAAUUGUUUUUAAAAUAUAAUUUCAGUAGAACUGCUUUUCAGUCGUUGUUCCUAACAUUUCAUUAUGUAGGGGUUUCUAGUUUUACACUACAACCUACAGUUUUGUUUGCAGCUUGUUGAAAUGAAAAAGGGAUUCUUCUUGCACAGGUCUUCAAAGAAACAUUUGGUCCUAAAUUUAAAUUCCAUUUUGCAGAUGCUAUUUUAUAGUUCAAAGUACUAUAUAUAGUUACAUGCUAUAUAGAGAGAGUAUUUUUGAACUGUAAUACAUACAAAACAUAUAUAUAUAUAUAUACAGUAUUAUUUUAUUUACUAUUCUACUAUAUUGUUGUAAUACUGUGUGUAUAUAUAUAAAUGAAAUAGAAGAUGGUAUGCAUGUAUUUGUCAUGGUGAGGGACAGCAGUUAUUUUUCAGUUAUUUCAUUUUUGUUUCUUUGUUUUUUAAAGUUUGAGGUCAGAGUAGACUUCAGUGGUACAACUGAAACAGACAGGUACUGUUCUGACAUGAUUUUUCUGUACUAAAAUAAAAAUGUCACUUUGUAUCAAAAAAAAAAAAGUUAAAGAAACUGAUUACUAAAUAAAGGUCACUUUCUAUAACUUGACUUAGUUGAGUCUCAAAAUACAUUUUAUUUUUUGCCUAAAGUUAUAUAUAAGUUUAAGUGUCCAUCUUGAAAGAAACAAAUUUUGGUUUAGUGUUUUUACCCAGCCUUGUGUACUUAAAUGCCAAAGACUUUUAAAAACUGCUGGAGACAAGAAAGGAGAUUUUGUUAGCGUAUUUUUAACUUUCUGUGGCCAAGUGGUAUGUAAGGAUUUCAAACGGAUGCUUUGUUUCCUAUUUGUUUCCUGCAAAUGCAGGAUUUAAUGGGAGAAUGAAUAUAUUACUGUUACUUUCAAUACUUGUAUCCCUGAGAAUUCCUACCUGAAUUUCAGGUAAAAUCUGAAUGGUGAAGCAAUUAUUAAUAGUUAAAAUGUAUGUAGAAUUUCAUGUGUCAGUCUUUAUGCUUCAGAUACACCAACCUAUUCUGUUAAUAGUUAAAUUCAGGAAAAGCUAUUAUUGUACAUUUUUCUGCUUCAUCAGUUGCUUUAUUCUCAAAUGCUAAAUUAUCAGCUUGAGCAGGAACCAGACUGGAAGAUGGUCAGCAACCUGAGUACCUACAACUGGCCUUUCGUUGUGAGACAGGACAUGCUCCUUCUCUGCAUUUCUUCAGGAAACAAACAAAAAAACCAAAAACACUCCCUCCAAAAAACAGCUCCAAAAACCACUCUGGCACCACCUUCAAACAGAGUACAAAUUAAAUGAGGAUAGGCAGGUUUUGGCAGGUCAGUCAGUAAAAGCCAUGCCAUGCAUGCCUACUGAUCACAAGGAAGUAGAGUUGAAGGCUCGGUUAAACAUGAGUGAGAUUCCUUUAUCUCUCAUUAAGUUAUCUGACACACUAUUUGAUUUUAUAAUGCUAUAUGGUGGACCUAGAUUUGAACAUUGUUUUCAAAAUAAGAACUUUAUCGAGGUGUUUAAAUAGGAAUAUAGCUCUGUGCCUGUUUUGACAAUGCCUUAAAGGUAAUGUGGUUAGAGAACAAAAUCUGCAGUAUGUCCCCUUCUGCUUGUAAAUUUUUACUUUAUUUCCCAUAGCUAAACUGUGGCAUAAAAUGGCUGAAUACAAUCCA